CAAAGCUGCCGACGGCCAGUCACUUGCUACUUGUCGACCGUUUAUCUCAUACGUUUCGUCACUUGCUUAGCGUACCGUCGUGUUAAAAAAAUCCCCAAAAAGAGUUCGACAUAAAAAAAAAAACAUACAAUUGUAAACUUUGUUUGGUUUUGUCAGACGAAUCCCUUAAGUAUUAUCUAAAAGUGCACUACCCAAAUAGCGAAUUCGAAAAUUUGUUCCAAUUAUAAACGUCAAAACUCAAAAUCAUGAUCGACGACCAAUUGGAUCGGACGUGCCAUCAGCCGAAGGCAAUCAGCAAAGAAGACCCGAUGUCCCAUCGCAUCAUUGAGAAACGGCGACGCGACCGAAUGAACAGUUGUCUGGCUGAUUUGUCACGGCUUAUCCCGGCCGAGUACAUGAAAAAAGGACGAGGUCGAGUGGAAAAGACAGAAAUCGUCGAGAUGGCAAUCAAACACAUGAAACACCUCCAGUCACACGUAUCCAUGUCGGGUUCGCUAGGAACGUGUAAUCAAAAACAACCGGAAACCGUUGAAACGGAAAAGUCUCCAGAGCCAAUUGAAAAAUCAAUGUUGAUCACUGAACAGUAUAAAAUGGGAUUUUUUGAAUGUUUGACCGAAACCAUGCAGUACCUGGUCGAAGGACAUGGAUAUCCGCCCCGCCACGGUUUGUGUUUGUCGCUUAUCAACCACUUGCAAGAGCACUGCGCCCAGGUCAUAAAAUGUAAACAAGUAGUGCGUGACGUGGUCAAAGACAAGAUUAUACUUGAAGUGAACAGACUCGGCGGACCCUUGUUGGUGAAAACCGAAGAUACCGUCGACGGAUCGUACGACGAAAGCCACCAGCAGCUGAGCGAUAUGAUUUCCAAAAGUUCCAAGUCUCAGUCUUCCAUAAACACUUCAAACGACCAAACUUCGCCAGACCGUUUCAACAUGUCGUACACGGACUUGCACUCGUCCAACGGUUCGAUGUACAAGUUCAAGACGGACAUCAAACAGCGGUUCAGCGCGGAAAACAGCGGAGAUAGCUUGCCCGAUUACUACACACACGGCCGGAAACGAAGCAGGACGGAGGAUUCCGGUACUUGCAACGAGGACAGUCAGAAGGUGCCCAUAUUCGCGUUGCACGCCAACGGGUCGUACUACAUACCGUUGACCAUCAACAGACAGAUGAUAUCGCCAAUUUUGGACAGUGUGAUUUCCGAAAACCGAUCAUCGGUCAUCGUUCAUCCCAUAUCGAUAUCGGUCAACUUCCAGACGAACAACAACCCCUCGUGAAUGGAAUUCCCACAGUAAACGCAUUGCAAUCACCAUCACAUCCCAAAGAUACGAGAAAUCGCACAGAAGACCCAAGUCGGUCGGCAAAGAGACAACAAGAUCCGUCGGACGACGGCCAUUGAAGGUGCUCACUUUUUGAACGCAAACGAUGAACUGACAACAAGUUUUACCACAAAGUUACAUAUAAUAUGAUGUGCACAACGCUGUACAAUACAUACACAUAGAUGCAUACAAUAAAUUGUUAUUAAUAUGUCUGUAAUUUUUUCUGUAAUGUAAACUAAAAUAUUAUGUAGAGUAUAAAAUAUAAUUUAGUAUUUUAAUA